AUGACUGGACGUGUCGUUGCGUACCCCGCGGUUGGUGCCCACGGAGGCCCAUCGGCAUGCACUGCCGUACGCGGACGCGUCGCCACGCCUCUCAGGUCGCGUAUACACCAGUCGGCAUCAUCACGACAACUACAUUUCCAUUUCUUGGACAACGUGCUGACUGUCCCUCCAGGCGGCAAGGGCGGCAAGGGCCUCGGAAAGGGUGGCGCCAAGCGUCACCGCAAGAUUUUGCGUGACAACAUUCAGGGUAUCACCAAGCCCGCUAUCCGCCGUCUCGCUCGUCGUGGUGGUGUCAAGCGUAUUUCUGCUAUGAUCUACGAGGAGACCCGUGGUGUCCUCAAGUCCUUCCUCGAGGGUGUCAUCCGUGACGCCGUCACCUACACUGAGCACGCGAAGCGCAAGACCGUCACCUCCCUGGACGUUGUCUACGCUCUCAAGCGCCAGGGCCGCACCCUGUACGGUUUCGGUGGUUAA